GGGAAGGCCCCGUGUAGCGGCGGCUGAGGGAGGCGGAACGGAGGGGAAAGGGAGAAGGGAACGGGAGGAGGAAGGGGAGAAAGGGAGGCCGGGCCGCGAUGCCGCUGUACGAGGGGCUCGGCAGCGGCGGGGAGAAAACCGCCGUGGUGAUCGACCUGGGACAGGCCUUCACCAAGUGUGGGUUUGCAGGAGAAACAGGACCAAGAUGCAUCAUCCCCAGUGAAAUCAAGAAACCUGAUGUCUCGAAGCCUGUCAAGGUGGUUCAGUACAACAUCAACACAGAGGAGCUGUAUUCCUACCUGAAGGAGUUUAUCCACAUGCUGUAUUUCAGGCAUUUGCUGGUGAAUCCUAGGGACCGGCGUGUUGUGAUCAUCGAGUCGGUCCUGUGCCCUUCCCACUUCAGGGACACCCUCACCAGGGUCCUUUUCAAGCAUUUUGAGGUACCUUCUGUUUUGUUUGCUCCAAGUCACCUGAUGUCUCUCCUGACGCUGGGGAUCAACUCUGCCAUGGUGCUGGACUGUGGAUAUGCAGAAAGCUUGGUGCUGCCUAUCUAUGAGGGAAUUCCAAUCCUGAGUUGCUGGGGUUCCCUUCCCCUGGGAGGAAAGGCCAUCCACAAGGAGCUGGAGUAUCAGCUGUUGGAGCAGUGCACGGUGGAUACAGGACUGGCCAAAGGACAAAGACUUCCCUCCGUGAUGGGCUCCGUCCCAGAAGACAUAGUAGAGGAUAUAAAAGUGCGCACGUGCUUUGUGAGUGAUCUCCAGCGGGGGCUGAAAAUCCAGGCAGCCAAGUUCAACAUUGAUGGCAGUGCUGAGCGUCCCUCACCGCCUCCAGACGUGGACUAUCCUUUGGAUGGAGAAAAGAUUCUCCAUGUAGUUGGCCCCAUCAGAGACUCCGUGGUGGAAAUCCUCUUUGAGCAGGAUAAUGAAGAGACAUCCGUUGCCACUUUGAUCUUGGAUUCACUGGUUCAGUGCCCAAUAGACACCAGGAAGCAGCUGGCAGAGAACCUGGUGGUGAUCGGGGGCACGGCGAUGCUGCCGGGGUUCCUGCACAGGCUCAUGGCUGAGAUCAGACACCUGGUGGAGAAACCCAAGUACAAGGAAGCUCUUGCCACUAAAACCUUCAGGAUCCACACUCCCCCUGCCAAAUCCAACUGCGUGGCCUGGCUGGGAGGAGCCAUUUUUGGAGCACUCCAGGACAUCCUUGGGAGCCGCUCUGUGUCCAAGGAAUAUUACAGCCAGACAGGGCGCAUUCCUGACUGGUGCUGCCUCAACAACCCCCCUCUGGAAAUGAUGUUUGAUGUUGGAAAAGCACCCCCACCACUGAUGAAAAGGGCUUUUUCCACAGAGAAAUAAGCACCCAAAUCCACACAAGGAUUCUGCCCCGUUCCAGCUACGUCCAUGUGCAUUGGGAUUUGGUUUUUUUGUUCAUUAAUUUGUGUGUAACACUAUUAAAUAUGAACCAUGUGGGUGUUGUCAGGGUGUAGGCACUAACACUAUUUAAAACCCUGUCCAGUUAUAGUUUACAAACCGAACUCUGGCAGCUCCUCUGCUCUUUUGUCUUGUUUUGGAGAAUUUCUGUCCCCUCACGAGCUGUUCCCUACUGAGUUGUUUAUUAUUUAUCUGUAUAGUAAAUGGCAUCGCUGAGAGAAAUUGGUUUAAGAUAUUUUCAUUUUAAGCAUGCUGAGAGGAAUGAACAGCACUAGGGAAACAUCUGUGGGAAUUCUUUGUGCCAAAUUCUGUAUUAAAGUAUUCCACCCUUGAA